CGGCUUCACGUCCAAAGAAAGCAGCUGAAUUGGAAAUAGUCGGUACGUUCAUGCGUGGUUUCAAAUAUCGUUCUCGGUGGAAAGAAGGUACAGUUUCCAUCCUUUCGUGCGUCGUGGUAACUUAAUUGAUACUUACAUGUAGCUCGUCUGCAAGCAUUCAGCCGUCUGUUUUGAUUUUGCUGCGACAGGGCGGGACACGCACUCGUCCCAAACCCAAUCCAAUUUGCGCCUCCAACUUCUGCUCUACCCUCCUUUAUGUCGUGUUGCAUAUUACCUCUGUAAAUUUUGAACUGCUUCUUAAACCUGUCGCUGUCAUUUCUCAAUUUUUUUCUCCUUCCAAAAGCGAAACAAAUUAAAAGUACUUCUUCCAAAGCAUCACCGCUCUCCUCUCCUUCCUCGGAUAUACUACCAUUUUGGAACUCUGACCGACUCGUCUUGCGUGUGGCGGUAGCGGCAGCUGGCUUUCUUGUCGUAAAAGCAUCGUCUGCGCACAAAAAUGGCAGAGUAUGUCCAAGCCGGCCAGGGCAAGGCCGUGGAGUUGCCCCACGGCGUGGACGCUCCCCCGGGUUUGCACCUCGGCCGCAUUCACCCCGUCGCGUUUCAGGGCUCCGCGGCGGAAACGCACCAGUUCCACAUUCACGUGCCCCACCUGCACUCUGUGUCGCACUUUGUGCACGGGGCGCACACCUUGCACCACGAGCACGGAAUUCCAGAAACGCCGAUGAACACCGGGAGGAAAAGCCUGCUCGAAGAAGACUACUCGGAAGCCGUCCGUACAGAUUAAAAUCGAUCUUAACUUCUGAUGUUGUUCAUAGCUGUUUUUUCAAGCGACAUGAUUAAUUUUUUUGCAGCUAUGCACGUUCGUGAGAAAUAAUAGGUUGGUGAUAGCUUUGGUACUAAACGAGCUGAAUGCAAGGACUUCUUUUAUCCGCAAACAGCGAAAGUGAAGCGUCUGUCGAGCGCGCCGCUGCAUAACGUAGCCAACGUGCCGCACCUGCAUCGUGUAUCGUACACCGGGCGAAUUCACUACGACAAGUUUGCCGGGUUGGCAGAAGCGCUGUGUCCCCUUCCGCACGUGGAGCUCAAGUUCAAGGCGAAAAUAGGUACAGAACUUUCUUUGCUCUUUCGAUGAAAUAAAUGUGUGGUCUCUACUUCGCCGGAUAGCUUUAGAUUCUGCUAGACAUAUUCUGCGAACGAUCAGCAGUGACGAGCCUGGAGGAAUACCAUUUCCGAUUUUUCGAAGUCGUUACCGAUCUCUUUUGCUGUUCUAUUUUUUCUGAUUUGUAUAAAAAAGUUAAAGUUUUACGUCGUAGAAGCGUUGAUACCAGAAAAGCCCCGGAAACGCUCAAAAAAAUCAGGUGUGACAGAAAUCAGCACUGCAGCGGCCAGGCGUAAGGCCAUGGGUUAUCAAAUGCGAAAAUGUCUGGGUCUGGAAGAUUUCUAGAUUUGUCAUGCAUAUUUUCCACGACCCAUGACGUCUGUGAUGCAUGCCGUAGCAUCACAGAUUUUUAGAGCGCUUCCUCAUGCCUAUUCCGCAUGACAAAUGCCAUCUCCGCGGAGCACAAAAUCUACUCCUCUUACUGGUCAUGCAAUACAACUCUUUUUCGAAUCCAGAGACAGCAUCACAAGUUGCAAUUUUCCAGACCCAGACACUUUUACAUUUGAUAUGGGUCAGAGCCGGGCCAUGUCGCAAACUUUUCGGCAUACUACAAUGAAAAAUGCCCCCUCCCCAUAUCAAAACGGAAAUCUGUGAUGCAGAUUUGUGGUCACAAAUCAGCUUUGUGAUGCUAGAAGGCAAAAGAUGCGGACUGUAGUGCUGCCUAGCGUGGGAAAGCCUUGCAGCUCCAGGAUGACAGGAGGCAACUGGAAGUGGGAAACAGCAUCACAGAUUGCCUGCAAUUUAGGCCGCAGCUUCGUCUCUUGGACUUCUAGCAAUACAAGUCGAUUUGUGUACUCAAAUACAGCAUCACAAAUUCGCGCAUCUUCCGUUUCCGAUAUGGGGUGGGGGCUUUUUUGACUUUGAUACGGCAGGCACAAGCGAAGCUUUCCGGACGGCCACAUUUGAAUCAUGACAACUCAAUUAUUGUGCCACUGGCCGACCACGGGGUGAUCAUGCAGCCGUUGACCUUUCGAGGGCCGCAGUUGGAAGUCAACAUGGCGCAACACCUACCGCAAAGCCCGGCGUUCAAAACUGGGGUAAGGAUGUCAUCAUGACGCAUAGCUUGUUUUCUUUCUUGAUGCAUAGUUUGUUCUGUUUCUCAGUGUUGCACGUUGGCUACUUGUUGGUCACCCGACCACUUCUCAGAGUCUGGCGAGCGCUAGCCUUGUGCAUGAUAGAAGCAAAAAAUCAAAAUGCGGACUGGAGAAAUAAUUAAGCUUUUGUCUUGAUUUAAGCAGAUACAGCUCCCGUGAACUGCGACUUCUCACAAUUUUUACACUCAGGCACUGAAGGACGCACCGGAUCUGGUCGGCUUGGGGAGUAUUGGUCUCUCGGUGGAACCCAGAAGGCGCUUUCAACCGAUGGAGGCACUGAGUCUGAGCACUGUGCCUGAGUCUAUUCUAUUUUGACGCGAGGGUGAUUGAGGCAGUGUCGGGUUCUGUGUGAUGUUGUUUCGUUUUCGAAUGAGUCAAUACAACCGUGUAGUAGAUUUAUUCCUGUGGUAUGCAAAUGCCAACAAGAACCAUGUUUCCAUUCUCGGCAUCAAGAAGGCGCACUCCCCACAUCUUACUCUGUCUGCGCCAGUCAGCUUUUCUCGCUCUGGAGCAGAUUAUGUACUUAAUAAAGUGCGACUUCACUCCUGAGCAGAACGCAAGUUCCACGUCGCGCCAUUAAUGGUUCUUUUUGCUAUCUCCCAUGGUUUUAAGUAGCCUUACGUUGUCGUUGUCCUUCUCAUUUAUUCAUUGUCGUGCGUAUUCGUAUGUGAAAAAGAGAUGAAAACCGAUGUACAUUAUUUUUGUCUUGAGCAUCCAUUUUAUUUAUUUUUGCGGUGGAACUCUUGUUACACUCAUAUUGCCUAUUUUUUCUGCUAUGAUUUCUUCAUAAUUAACUGAGGCAUAAAUCAAAAAUUAAAAUAUCGGGAGUGAUGGUUAUAUUUAUAUGGUGCCAACCUGUUACUGUUUGCGAGAAUCAUGA